UCUUCUCGUAAACUACGCUUCACACAUUCUCUCUCUAAUUAUCCGCUUUGCUCUAAAGGCCGCCUUCACACCUAAUUCCCUUGUUUUAUGAUGUCUUUAUCGCCCUAGAUUGUUUAAUAGACCAUAAUUAUGCAUAUGCACAUUCUGUAUACGUGUAUUUACAUUUGUUGCGUUUAGUAUCAUAUGGCAUUAAUUAAAUCUUGAACUCUCGCGGCGUCUUGUUUCAUUGAAUAAAGACUUUAAUGAGGAGGCUUUGCCGUGUUUGAGACUUCCUCUUUUCAGUCCCGCGUUUCAUCCGGCAGCUGGGUCUUCCUUCAGCGGAUCAAGAUCAAAUUUUGUGACUAAUUCGAGAAGGACCUCUACAGGUUAGAUUAUCUCGAAGAUCUGUUAUCUUUAUGUGACCAUCUUUUGGAAACAAACAAAGGAGUUCACACUUUUCCUUUUUCACAUGAUUGGAAUCAGGUUGAGAAGUCAAACGUAUGAGGCAUCUUUGCUUUCUUUUGCCUGUUGCAGGGUUUUUAGUUGAUUCCUUCUACUGCAUUUGUGAAUAGCACUACGCAUCAUUUUAUGCCCAUGAAGUGCUUUCAAUUCUACAAUGGAGACAGAAAGGAAGAACCAAAGACACCAACAGCAAAUUCAACUCAGUCUUCAUUUACUGAUCAUGAGAUAAAGCAAUCUGGAUCAGAAUUGAAUUCUCAGGAUGUAUCAAAUACGAGCACUGAGUCCAGAGGUCGCAACCAAUUUCCAAAUUUGUCUGAGAGAGCCAGUGAUCUCAAAGUUUUUACUUUUUCAGAACUGAAACAAGCGACAAAAAAUUUUGGUCGCACUGCCAAACUUGGGGAAGGAGGUUUUGGAUGUGUAUUUAAGGGCGUCAUCAAGAGUUCUGAUGAUCCAGCAAAGAAAAUUGAUGUGGCUGUAAAACAACUUGGUAGAAGAGGACUGCAGGGUCAUAAAGAAUGGGUGACAGAAGUUAAUGUUCUUGGUAUCGUCGAGCAUCCAAAUCUUGUUAAACUUAUUGGUUACUGUGCUGAAGAUGAUGAAAGAGGUAUUCAACGACUUCUAGUAUAUGAAUACAUGCCCAACGGAAGUGUGGAAGACCAUUUAUCAAUUAGGUCUGUCACACCCCUUUCUUGGGAUAUGAGGCUGAGGAUUGCCCUAGAUGCUGCACGUGGCUUGGCAUACCUGCAUGAGGAAAUGGAUUUUCAGAUCAUCUUCAGAGAUUUCAAAUCGUCAAAUAUUCUCCUAGAUGAACAAUGGAAUGCUAAACUAUCAGAUUUUGGAUUGGCUCGAUUGGGUCCUUCAGAAGGACUAACACAUGUAUCAACUGCGGUUGUUGGGACUAUGGGUUAUGCAGCUCCUGAAUACAUUCAAACGGGCCGUCUGACAUCAAAGAGUGAUGUUUGGAGCUACGGGGUGUUCCUUUACGAACUCAUCACUGGUAGACGCCCGUUGGAUCGACAGCGCCCCAAAGGCGAGCAGAAGCUCUUAGAAUGGGUAAAGCCAUACCUUUCAGACGCCAAGAAGUUUCAACAAAUACUGGAUCCGAGGUUUGAAGGAAAGCAAGUCCUUAAAUCAGCUCACAAGCUCUCACUCGUAGCUAACCGCUGCCUGUCCAGACUUUCAAAGACACGGCCAAAAAUGAGCGAAGUCCAAGAAAUGAUUAACCAAGUUGUUGAGGCAGCUACAGGCUCCGGCAACCCUCAACCAUCUUUGAAGAGUAAAGACGACAAGAAAACUUCUGAGGAUUCCCAACCUAAAGGCAAAAGGAGGCUAAGUGAUAUCAAAAUCGUGGACAGUGCCUGGCUACUUCGGGUCUGGUCAUCAAAGCUCGUGAGAACUUGCUGAUCAGAAAUCAGUAAACUAGGAUGGGACAGGUUUUAUUCGGUACAUAAAGAUGACAUUUUUAGUAUUAUCAAGACACCAGUAGCAAACUGCAACUUGAUUCUGACGCUUGCUGUCGCUAGUGUAAAUCUGGGGAGCUUAACAGGGAUUGGGGUUGAACGGGCUUUUGGAAUGUGACCGGCCUCAGAUUUACUGAUAGUCGUUCCAUGAGGAAGUGAAGAACUUCUUCUAGGCGCCUCAAGAAAGGCACGCUCUAGAAUCUGGACCGGUCGAUAGAUUCAGCAAAGCAAUAGAUUGAAAAGGUAUGGAAUUUGUAUGUGUAGACUUUAAUUGCUGUAAUACAUAUGAUGUGAACUAAGGAGGUCUGAAUCACAAUGGGUUCAGUCAUUCUUGGGAAAAGACACGAUUGUUGAGUUAACUAUUAAGCUUGUAUAUUUUCUUCCAUGACAGAAUUGUUAUGAUUGGUGAAUAUAGUAUGCAUUUUUGGUGGAAAAA